GGCUUGGCUUGGCUUAGCUUAUCCCCUUCGUCUCCGGGAGCGGCAGGAGGAGAAAGAGCGGGAGCGGGAGCGGAAGCGGAAGGCGAAGGCGUGACGUCACCCACCGGGGAGGGAGGAGAUGGAGCUGGUCUCCUCGUCGCGCUCCGUCCUUCCUCGGUGCGGCGGCGGCGGCGUUGCAGGUGUAGCUGCUGCUCCGUUCAGGACGGCGUCCGCCAGCUCGAGGCGCAAGGGGACGAGCGGAUUCGUGUGUGCUUUGGGUUGCGAUGGUGAGGGGAAGAAGAGCGUGGCGGAGGGGACGGUCAGAAGGAGGGCGGCCCUCGCUUUGCUGCUGGCUUCGCCGGCGAUGUCGGUGGCGUUCUCGGCUCACGGGAAGACCAAAAGCAGGAACCCUUACGACGAGAGGCGGCUGCUUCAGCAGAACAAGAAGAUCCAGGAAGCCAACCGGGCUCCUGACGAUUUUCCGAAUUUCAUCAGGGAAGGUUUCGAAGUCAAAGUAGUGACAUCUGACAACUACAUAACGCGAGACUCUGGGCUACUGUAUGAGGACAUCAAAGUUGGUACGGGCAACUCUCCAAAGGAUGGUCAGCAGGUUAUAUUUCACUAUGUGGGCUACAAUGAGUCAGGGCGCAGGAUAGAUAGCACCUACAUUCAGGGUUCACCUGCCAAAAUUCGGUUAGGGAACAAAACACUGGUUCCAGGUUUUGAAGAAGGGAUACGGGACAUGAAACCAGGUGGUAAGAGAAGAAUUAUUAUACCUCCAGAGCUUGGUCCUCCUGUUGGGCCGUCAACAUUCUUCAGUGCGAAGCAGUUCGAGGUAUUCGACAUCGAACUCCUCGCUGUUCAGGACUGCCAACGGAGAACAAUAGCCUUUUACUCCGAUGUAGUGUGCAGCUGAGCAAAAGAUGAUCAUCAAAUCUCCAAUUGGUGUGUGCUGGUAAAGAUGAUCAUCAAAUCUCCAAUUGGUGUGUGCUGGUAAAUGUAAGGAAAAGAUUUUUGUUUCUGGCCAGGCUUCAGAGUUCUUCAGAGUUGCUCCUACUGUAAAUGUAAGGAUGUAGCAAUGACAUUAAUGUGAUGAUUGAAGGAACAAGUGAAGUAGUACGUCUUAAUUAUUGGCAAUGGUGAUGUUCGUUCUGCCAUUCUUUGUCAUGAAUCUCAUGAUGUUGGGGGGCAUGUGUACCUUCUGCUGCUUUUGACAAGCUGAGAGUGUACCUUGAUGUUUAAGCUACUCCUACCUUUCGUCUACAA